CUGAAAUUAGCAGUUUCGUCUGGAGACCAAAAUAUUGCCACGGUCACGUGACAAGGGUAAAUUCAAUUUUCACUGUACUGGAAGCGGUUUGAGAAUUGUUGCAGUGGGUGUUUGCUCAGGUCAUUCAGUCUCCCACGAUGGACUCCGACAUACUGAAUAUAGAGGAGAUAGUGAUGGGGAGAGGGCCACCGGAUCCCCCUGCAGAACUAAUUACUGAGAAACCAGUGGAACCCUACAAACCAAUCUCGUCGUUCAAAGCACCGCCUCCACCCACCAUUCAACCAUACCAACACGAGAACCUGCAGUGUUUUCAAUGCUUCAUCACCUUCUGUAAUUCCAAAGCCAAGGAAAGGCACAUGAAGAAGAGCCAUCGCGAGGAGUACAAGCAGCAGCUCCAGCAGGGAGAUACUCUGUUCACCUGCUAUGUUUGUGACCGUACCUUUCCGUCUUCGGAGGAGCUGACCCAGCAUCAGGGCUCGCACAACAAGGAAGACAAGCCUUUCAAGUGCCCCCAUUGCCAGGAGAGCUUUCGCACCUUCUCUGAGCUGACAACACACAGGAGGCAGGUCUGCCCGGAGAGGGUCUUUCAGUGUAAGGACUGCACCGAGACCUUCCGCAGCCCCGCACUGCUUCGUACCCACCGCCUGGCUCUGCACCCCCGCCCAGCUCAGCUGCCCCGCGCCGAGGCAGAAAGGCAGUUUAUGUGUAAGGACUGCAAUGAGACCUUCCGCACUCCCGCCCUCUUCCGUACCCACCGCCUGGCCCAGCAUCCCCUGUCAGAGGCCGAGGCGGAAGAGCCCGACGACCCCACCAAGACCCACCGCUGCGGGAAGUGCAACAGGGGCUUUGAGAUGGAGUCUGAGCUAGUAAUGCACCAGGAGAACCACGCUGGUGACCAGCACUGCAACGGCAGUGCCUCGCCGGCCAAGAAGCGUGGACGGCCCGCAAAAGCAGAGGACACAAUGGUGGGGGAGAAGAAAGGGAAGAGGAGAAAGAAGAAGGACGAGGGAGAUGGAGCCGAGGAGGCCGAGACUGUAAAUAGCACGGAGGAGGCUGCAGAUGCUCCGGCGGAGGUCAAGGGGAAGGCAGCGGGGAGCGGAGGCAGGCGGGGUCGUCCGAAAGGAGCAACAGGCAAGGAGGCCAAGCCGCACCAGACAGAAGCCUCCGUGGAGGAGAAGAAACCCAAAGCAGCUGUCACUGCGCCUAAGCAGCAUCCCUGCACUGAGUGUGAGCUCACAUUCCCAGCCCUGGCCCAGCUCCGUGUCCACAAGAAGGAAAAGCAUGCCCCGCGUAAGGCCCACCCCUGUGAGGAGUGCGAGGAAAGCUUUGCCCGUCCCGAGCAGCUAGAGGCCCACAAGAACCGGGCCCACACCAAAGGGCGUUAUGCCUGCCCUACCUGUGGCAAAAGCUUUGGCCGAGAGAGCAAUCUGAAGGCCCACCAGCAGAGUAGCCACCAGGAGGAGGAGGAGAAGAAGGAGGAGGUGGCGGGCCGCAGCCGGAGAUAAUUUUGAAUUGGGAAAGGGGGGGGGGGGUUCUGUAAAGGGAUUGGGCAGGGGAUCAGAAGGAUCAGAGAUUUUAAUGAAUUUGAAUUUGGUCAAGGGCUUUUGUUAUUGAUUUGAGGUUGGGCAUGAUGUCGGUCAUGGGUUUGGAGUGUUUUUUAGAAUGUGAUACCGGCAGGUAAGUCAUUUUUAGCAGGAUUUUAGGUGCAGAUAUAAGCUGAGGUGUCACACUGAUUGCUCAGCAUUUGCCAGUUUUUUGAUUGUGUUAGGCUAUUCAAGGCACAUCACGCUUGAAAUAAGACUAACUAACCAAACGAUGUAAGCAUUUGUUGAACCCAUCUGUCAUACUCUUGUCUUUUCUAAAAACAAUAACAACGACUUUUGGGUAUCAUGUUUGUUCCCUCUUAUGUUUUGAUUCAUUUCUUUUAGAUGAUUAUCAAUUUAAUGUUAUUGUUUUUACUUUAUUUUUUAGAGGUCGUUGUAUGAAGGGGUGUGUGUAAAAUAUGCUGUCAGACACAGGGCUUUUGUUUGUUUUAUGAUUUUGAUAUUGUGGAGUAUGUUUUCUGUAGUAGCCGAUUAAAUGCAACCUUGUGUAUUUUGUAAAACCGGUUGGAGAUAUCUGCUAUUCAAAAGAGAUCAUUGUGGAAAGUAAAAAAAAAAAA